UGGUAAUCAUGCGUGGUCGUGAGUUAGUGCCCUGCUUUUUCGCUGGUGUUCUUUGGGCGCUGCUGCAGCCUGGCUCCGGGUACCCGCCCGUGGUACCGAACGAAGACGGGGCUGUCGGCGGCCAGUUCCUUAUCAAAGUCAAGGCGGGAUUCGACGUAGAUGCAGUUGCUGAAGCAAUCGAGAACUUGAUCACACCAGAUGAAGACGGUAAAGUUCACGCAGAAAUCAAGUAUAUAAUCAAGAAAGCGGUUCCAGUCAUCGUAGCGAGAUUAGAUUUCAGUGCACAAGAUCAGAUUCAGAAAGUUCCGGGUAUUGAAUAUAUUGAAGAAGAUGGUAUAGUCAAGGAGGAGGACCUAUCUACGGAUAAGGAUACCAAAACCCAGAAAGACUACGGCUUGGAUCGGAUCAAUCAAAAAGAUAGCGGUUUAGAUGGCAAUGUCGACAUCAAAGGCAAAUUUGAAUUAUUGAAUAUUCAUAGCCUAAUGUCCAGUUGACUAUUAAUAUAAGUUGACGACUCUCC